AUGGGUCAAGAAGAAUCAAGAGUGACAAUCCCAAUUAUAGAAUCAAGAGAUGUAACCCCUGUUACGGAACCAAGAGCAGCAACUCCAAUUGAUAAGCAAGUGUUAGUAAUCGAUGAAGAACGGGUAAUGAUAAUGAAAAACAAUCAAAAUAAAUCUGAGCUGAUCAUCAAAUGA